UUGUUGCUGAGAACAUAUAGCUUCAUAUCCCACCAUGUAUGGAAACCGCCCUCCGAUACGCGACCUUCUGAUCCAGGUCUCCGGUUCGUCGUCGGCGACCCUCUAGCAUUGGGCUUCUCUCUCGUCGCCAGAACCUCCCCAGCACCGAGUCUCCCAGAGAAGCACCGCAGGCUUGCCCAUCAUGAGCGGAGCUCGCACGUGCAUCUUGCGCUUCCUGCGCUUCCUCGACUCUUUCCGCCCAUCUUUUCUGUCUAGAGACCCCCAUUUCAACUUCAUCACCGUCCAUUACUUCUGGGUUAUCGGGUGGUCCGUUAUUGGCUCGAUCCUGAUAUACGCCACCGCCAGGGGCCAAUUGCCCUAUGUCGAUGCUCUUUUCUUUGCCGUCGGGGCCAAUACCCAAGCCGGCCUCAAUACCGUCGACGCCAACUUGCUCAACACCUUCCAACAGGUGGUCAUCUACAUUCUGAUCAUGCUGUCUAAUCCCAUCACCAUCAAUUCUUUCGUCGUCUUUCUCCGCCUGUAUUGGUUUGAAAAAAGAUUCCAGCAUAUUGCGCAGACGGCCAAAUUGCGACGCAUCUCCCUCUCCAAGUGGCGAUCCCAGGCCAAGUUGGACAAUGCAAACUUAGAGGCCGGCGUCAAUGGCCGACAUAUCACCGUGAUGCAUGACACUGCCAAGGCCUCUCGGAUGACCAAUGACGGCAUAUUGCUGGAUAACUAUCAGCUCAACGGGGCCGCGAAACACGGUCCGUCGGCGAAUGCAUCGCUGCCCGAGGACGAGCCAGGUCCGAAAGACCAAGCUCCAAGCUCACCACUUCGGCCUUCGAUGCCGCAGAUCAAGUUCUCGGACCGGGUCAGGAGGAGCGAUACCCAAGAGUCGGACGAUGGAUACGUCCCACUGCCCACCCCGCGCACCGAUGAAGAGCACAUUGCCAUCGUCGAAAGGCAACGCAAGGCCGACAACAGCGUGCUCAUAAUUCCGUCACCACAAGAGGCUGACAGGGGUGCCGUGCCAGAAGAGGUCGACGAAGAAGAGUCCGAUGAUCCGGAUUUACCGGGUCGCCAACGUAGAGAGUCGAGCGUGGACGCGGCCCAUGGAGUAGGCUCGCCCCCACGGCCCAUGAACCGGCCCGAUCGCCAGCAGACUAUCACCAUCGAAGAGCCGGCGGCACGGCCCCGUAGGGAGGGGCACGGCCGGUCGGAGAAGCUGGCAGAAGACGUCAAAGCAGCCGCUCACACCCUGGACGUCUUUAAAAUCCGAAGGCACAGGAAGGAAGGGGAGAAGCUACAUCACACCGACACCGGCACGACGACGGUGAGCCGGAUCAACGCCUUAGGCCGAAUCAAGUCCGUCCUAACUCAAGGUAAAGGCGAUGACCCCACACCAUACCUGAGUUACCAGCCGACUCUGGGGCGAAACUCUACCUUCUUGGACCUUUCCGAGUCACAGAGAGAGGAAUUGGGCGGUAUCGAAUACCGGUCUCUGAAAACGCUGGCCCUUGUCCUCACCAUCUAUUUCUUCGGCUACACUAUUUUCGGCAUCAUCACUCUCGUGCCGUGGAUAGUUCACAACGACUAUUACGGCCAAGUCGUUGAUGCCGCUGGCCAGAGCAGGGUGUGGUGGGGCUUCUUCACGGCGAACUCUGCGUUCAUGGAUCUCGGCCUGACUCUGACCCCCGACAGCAUGAAUUCGUUCAACACGGCCAUCUUCCCCCUCCUCAUCAUGUCCGUCCUCAUCAUACUGGGGAAUACGGGCUUCCCCAUCAUGCUCCGCUUCAUGAUCUGGUUGUUUUCCCUCAUUGCACCUCAACGCUCCGGGCUUUUCGAGGAGCUCAGGUUCCUCCUCGACCAUCCAAGGCGAUGUUUUACCCUCCUGUUCCCCUCCAACGCCACCUGGUGGCUAUUCUUCAUCCUGGUCGCGCUCAACGGUCUGGACCUGCUGUUAUUCAUAGUUCUCGACCUAAACGAUGUAGCGAUGGCUGCUUUGCCCCUCAACAUUCGUUUUUUGGACGGAUGGUUCCAAGCCGUAGCUACUCGAACCGCUGGAUUCUCGUGCAUCAAUCUGUCUCAGAUCCAUCCGGCGGUGCAGACCUCGUACCUCAUCAUGAUGUAUAUAUCCGUCUUCCCGGUCGCCAUCUCGAUUCGCAGGACGAACGUGUACGAGGAGAACUCCCUCGGAGUAGAUGUCCCGGCCCACGAGGGCGACGACACCAGCCAGAGCAGCAUGUCAUACGUGGGGACCCAUUUACGCCGUCAGCUCUCUUUCGACUUGUGGUAUAUCUUCGUCGGGUUCUUCAUUCUCACUAUUUGCGAGGGCGCGCGUCUCACGUCGGGCGACUUCUCCAUGUUCGCCGUCCUCUUCGAAGUCGUGAGCGCGUAUGGUACGGUGGGGCUGAGCUUGGGAUACCCGGGUGUCAAUGCCUCGCUAUGUUCUCAAUUUACAGUCGUUGGCAAGAUCGUCAUAAUGGCCAUGCAGAUCCGUGGUCGCCACCGCGGCUUGCCCUAUGGACUAGACCGAGCGGUCCUCCUACCUAGCGAGCACCUUGACCGUAAGGAGGCCAAGGAUGCCGAGCUGAAACUUCAGCGUCGCCAUUCAGCCGUGUCUGCCGGCUACCCCCCCGGCCGUCCUACGAGCUUGGCUGUGGGCCGUACGCGGAGUGCGGACGGUGGCUUCAUUACUAACUUCGCGCACAUUGGGCCGGCGUAUGGGCACCACGCAUUAUCGAAAGGCGAGAGCUCGUUCGAGUCUAGCAAGAUGGAGCCGCUGAAAAAGUACGUCACCGACCCUGGCAAGGGGACGAACGGCAACAUGGACGAGUCGACUCUCAGACCUAGAAAGAGAGCGGGUACACAACCAAGCUUGUACGGCUAAACGAAAGAGAUGCAAACGACAUGGGCAAAUUUAAGGGAACGGGCUACGCUCUCUCUCUCUCUCGAUCAACAGGCACGCAGCCAACAUCUCGCGGUCGUGGCGGCGACGAAGAACGAGGAUGCGCAUAGAUAUACCGAUAAUACGGGAUGACGAACACGACUUUUUCACCCCCUUGUUUUUUAACACCUACCUACAUUUCUCGGCAACGAAAAGUCAAGUAUAGAAGAACGGAAGUUCCCUAAAUAGAACCGUCCAUUACAGAUUUAGAGAGGGGAGGAAAGACACUCAUGACGUCCAGAA